AUGUCAGUGUUAGCGAGUAUGAUGUCAUCGGGGGAGGACGAGGAGCAGGCGGCAGCUGAUGAGCAGGAGAGAACCGAUCUGUGGCAGCAGACAUUACAGGCCGCCGUGGCAGCUUCAUCAUCACAAGAUGCCACAAAGAAACGACCCGCACAACGGAAACCUCUUCGACAAACGAACGUCGUCGAAAGAUCCGAACGAUCACUUCUUUGCCUCUCCUUGAAUAAUCCCAUCCGAAAAUUGUGCAUCAGUAUUGUUGAAUGGAAACCAUUCGAGUUUUUAAUAUUGUUUAUGAUAUGUGCCAACUGUAUCGCUCUAGCCAUCUAUCAACCCUAUCCUGCUCAAGAUUCAGACUAUAAAAAUACAUUACUUGAAACAAUUGAAUACGUGUUCAUUGUCGUAUUCACGAUAGAAUGUGUGCUCAAAAUAGUGGCUAUGGGGUUUAUGUUUCAUCCCAGUGCAUAUCUUCGAAACGCAUGGAAUAUUCUCGAUUUUAUUAUUGUUGUCAUAGGACUUGUGAGUACCAUAUUAUCAAAAAUGUCAAUUCAAGGAUUCGAUGUAAAAGCUUUGAGAGCAUUUCGUGUACUUCGACCGCUUCGUCUUGUAUCAGGAGUACCAAGUUUACAAGUUGUGCUCAACGCCAUCCUUCGAGCCAUGAUUCCUUUGCUCCACAUUGCCUUAUUGGUUCUGUUUGUUAUUUUGAUCUAUGCUAUUAUUGGAUUAGAGUUAUUCUGCGGAAAACUUCAUUCAACAUGUAUAGAUCCAGCAACUGGACAAUUAGCGCAAAAAGAUCCAACACCUUGUGGUACUGAUACAGAAGGAAGUGCAUUCAAAUGUCAACCAUCUGAUUCUUUAACCAAUAUGGGUGUUCGAUGGGAAUGUUCAAGUAACACAACAUGGCCUGGUCCAAACAAUGGAAUCACGAACUUUGAUAACUUUGGACUUGCUAUGCUUACAGUAUUCCAAUGUGUAUCAUUAGAAGGUUGGACAGAUGUAAUGUACUGGGUAAAUGAUGCUGUUGGCAGAGAGUGGCCGUGGAUAUAUUUUGUCACUCUUGUCAUUCUUGGAUCAUUUUUCGUACUCAAUCUUGUCUUGGGAGUCUUGUCUGGAGAAUUCUCAAAAGAACGAGAAAAGGCAAGAGCGAGAGGAUUGUUUCAAAAAUUUCGAGAAAAGCAACAACUUGAAGAAGAUUUGAAAGGAUAUCUCGACUGGAUCACACAAGCAGAAGAUAUUGAACCAGUGAAUGAAGAUGAACAAGAAGAUGAACCAGUUGCACAAACUGUAGUUGGAGAAGAAGCUGAUGAAGAAGGAGAAGAACGAGUUGAAGAUGUUAGACCGAGUAAAUGGGCAGCUAGAAUGAAACGAUUAGAAAAAUUAAAUAGGAGAUGUCGAAGAGCUUGUAGAAGAUUGGUCAAAAGUCAAACAUUUUAUUGGCUGGUUAUUCUUCUUGUGUUGCUCAAUACAUUAGUACUAACAUCUGAACAUUAUGGACAAUCCGAAUGGCUCGAUCAUUUCCAAACAAUGGCAAACUUGUUCUUCGUAAUCCUUUUCUCGAUGGAAAUGCUCUUGAAAAUGUAUUCGCUUGGGUUCACGACUUACACGACAUCUCAAUUUAAUCGAUUCGAUUGUUUCGUCGUUAUCAGUUCGAUUUUGGAGUUUGUGCUUGUCUAUUUCGAUCUUAUGAAGCCACUUGGAGUGUCUGUGCUGCGUUCAGCACGUCUUCUGAGAAUAUUCAAAGUUACAAAGUACUGGACAUCACUUCGUAAUUUGGUAUCUUCACUUUUGAACUCUCUUCGAUCCAUCAUUUCCCUUCUGUUACUGCUUUUCCUGUUCAUUGUUAUCUUUGCUUUAUUGGGAAUGCAAGUUUUCGGAGGAAAAUUCAAUUUCAAUCCACAACAACCAAAACCAAGAGCCAAUUUCGAUACAUUCGUUCAAGCAUUGCUAACAGUAUUCCAAAUUCUUACUGGUGAAGAUUGGAAUACUGUAAUGUAUCAUGGAAUUGAAUCAUUUGGAGGUGUUGGAACACUUGGAGUCAUCGUCUGUAUCUACUAUAUUGUUCUGUUCAUUUGCGGUAAUUACAUUUUACUGAAUGUCUUCUUGGCUAUUGCUGUCGAUAAUUUGGCCGAUGCAGACAGUCUGACAAAUGCAGAAAAAGAAGAAGAGCAACAAGAAAUUGAAGGUGAAGAUGAAGAAUUUGAGGAAGGAGAGGAUGAAGGUGAAGAGCAUGGAAUGGAUGAACCAGAAGGAGAUGAAGAAAUGACAUCAGCAAGACCGAGAAGAAUGAGUGAAGUUCCUGCUGCAAGUACGGUCAAACCGAUUCCAAAGGCUUCUUCGCUUUUCAUUCUCAGUCAUACCAACUCUUUUCGAGUGUUUUGCAACAUGGUUGUCAAUCAUUCAUAUUUCACCAACGCCGUUCUUUUUUGUAUUUUGGUAUCAUCUGCUAUGUUAGCUGCUGAAGAUCCUCUACAAGCAAACUCAACUAGAAAUAUGAUUCUGAAUUACUUUGACUACUUCUUCACGUCUGUGUUCACAGUUGAGAUCACGUUGAAAGUCAUCGUAUUUGGUUUGGUAUUCCACAAAGGAUCAUUCUGUCGAAAUGCAUUCAAUCUUCUCGAUAUCCUCGUCGUUGCAGUAUCAUUAACAUCUUUUGUACUUCGAACUGAUGCAAUGUCUGUCGUCAAGAUUCUUCGUGUGCUCCGUGUGCUCCGUCCACUUCGUGCAAUUAACCGAGCCAAGGGUUUGAAACAUGUUGUACAAUGUGUAAUUGUUGCUGUAAAGACUAUCGGAAAUAUCAUGUUGGUCACAUUCAUGCUUCAAUUCAUGUUUGCAAUUAUCGGAGUUCAACUUUUCAAGGGAACAUUCUUCCUUUGCAAUGAUCUUUCGAAAAUGACAGAAGCAGAAUGCCGUGGAGAAUAUAUUCAUUAUGAAGAUGGAGAUCCAACAAAACCAGUUUCAAAGAAAAGAGUUUGGUCGAAUAAUGACUUCAAUUUUGAUAACGUCGGAGAUGCGAUGAUUUCACUUUUCGUAGUUUCAACUUUCGAAGGAUGGCCACAACUUCUUUAUGUUGCAAUUGAUUCAAAUGAAGAAGAUAAGGGACCUAUACAUAAUUCAAGACAAGCUGUUGCUUUGUUCUUCAUUGCUUUCAUCAUUGUCAUCGCAUUCUUCAUGAUGAACAUCUUCGUAGGUUUCGUUAUCGUUACAUUCCAAAAUGAAGGAGAACGUGAAUACGAGAAUUGUGAAUUGGACAAGAAUCAAAGAAAAUGUAUUGAAUUUGCAUUGAAAGCUAAACCACACAGAAGAUACAUUCCACGAAACAGAUUACAAUACAGAGUUUGGUGGUUUGUCACAUCAAGAGCUUUUGAGUAUGUCAUCUUUCUGAUUAUCGUCAUGAAUACAGUAUCUUUGGCGUGCAAGCAUUAUCCAAGUUCGAGAGGAUUCGAAGACUUUUUGGAUGUGUUCAAUUUGAUUUUCACUGGAGUUUUCGCAUUUGAAGCUGUUCUGAAGAUUGUUGCAUUGAAUCCGAAAAAUUAUAUUUCCGAUCGAUGGAAUGUCUUUGAUUUGUUGGUUGUUGUCGGAUCAUUUAUUGAUAUCACAUAUGGAAAAUUGAAUCCAGGAGGAACAAAUCUUAUUUCAAUCAACUUUUUCCGUCUGUUCCGUGUGAUGCGUCUCGUGAAGCUGCUUUCAAGAGGAGAAGGAAUUCGAACACUUUUAUGGACAUUCAUGAAAUCAUUUCAAGCUCUUCCAUACGUCGCCUUGCUCAUCGUUUUGCUCUUUUUCAUUUAUGCUGUCAUCGGAAUGCAAUUCUUUGGAAAAGUUGCACUGGACGAUUCAACAUCUAUACACAGGAACAAUAACUUCCAUUCGUUCCCUGCAGCGAUUUUGGUGUUAUUCAGAUCAGCAACUGGAGAAGCCUGGCAAGAUAUCAUGCUUUCGUGUUCGGAUCGAGAAGAUGUCAGAUGUGAUCCAAUGUCUGAUGAUUACCAUAAAGGAGGCCUCAACGAAUCUAGAUGUGGAAACAAUUUUGCAUAUCCAUACUUCAUUUCAUUCUUCAUGCUUUGCUCUUUCCUUGUCAUCAAUCUUUUCGUAGCUGUUAUCAUGGACAAUUUCGAUUAUUUAACAAGAGAUUGGUCAAUUCUUGGGCCACAUCAUUUGGAAGAAUUUGUAAGAUUAUGGUCUGAAUAUGAUCCAGAUGCAAAAGGACGAAUUAAACAUCUUGACGUCGUCACACUUCUUCGAAAAAUCUCUCCUCCACUUGGAUUUGGAAAACUGUGUCCUCAUCGAUUGGCCUGUAAGAGAUUGGUAUCAAUGAAUAUGCCCUUGAACUCGGAUGGUACUGUAUGCUUCAAUGCAACUCUUUUUGCUCUCGUUCGUACCAAUUUGAAGAUUUAUACUGAAGGAAACAUCGACGAAGCAAAUGAACAGCUGCGAUCAGCAAUUAAACGAAUUUGGAAACGAACUCAUAAGGAUUUGUUGGAUGAGGUUGUUCCACCGGCAGGAAAAGAAGAUGAUGUGACCGUUGGAAAAUUCUAUGCCACCUUCCUCAUUCAAGACUAUUUCCGUCGUUUCAAGAAGCGAAAAGAGAUGGAAGCAAAGGGUGUCUUACCAGCUCAAACACCUCAAGCGAUGGCUCUUCAGGCCGGACUCCGCACGCUACACGAGAUCGGACCAGAAUUGAAAAGAGCGAUUUCUGGAAACUUGGAGACCGACUUCAACUUUGACGAACCAGAGCCUCAACACAGAAGACCACACUCUCUUUUCAACAAUUUGGUACAUCGUCUAUCUGGUGCCGGAUCCAAAUCUCCUACUGAACACGAACGUAUAGAAAAGGGCUCUACACUUUUGCCAUUCCAACCACGCUCUUUCUCUCCAACUCAUUCACUUGCUGGCGCUGAAGGAUCACCAGUACCAUCACAAAUGCAUCGUGGAGCUCCAAUCAAUCAAUCAAUAAAUCUUCCACCUGUCAAUGGAUCAGCUCGACGUCUUCCCGCCCUUCCGCCGUACGCAAAUCAUAUUCACGAUGAGACGGACGACGGCCCCAGGUAUCGGGAUACUGGCGAUCGAGCUGGUUACGAUCAAUCAAGCAGAAUGGUUGUUGCCAAUAGAAAUCUGCCUGUUGAUCCCGAUGAAGAAGAGCAAUGGAUGAGAAGUGGUGGACCGUCAAAUCGAUCUGACAGACGAAACCCACAUCUACGAGAACCGAUGCUUGUUGCUCGGGGAGCCGCUCUUGCACUCGCUGGAAUGUCAUCAGAAGCCUACGAAGGUACUUAUAGGCCGGUUGGAGAAGGAAAGUCUGUUCGACUUCCAUUCUCAUCUCGACCUGUUCUCCGACCUGCCGAAGAUUCACGACCUGUUGAUCGACUGAUCGGGCAAUCAUUAGGACUUGGAAGGUACGCCGACGCUCGGAUUGUCGGAGCCGCUCGACGAGAAAUUGAGGAAGCAUAUUCACUUGGUGAACAGGAAAUUGACUUGGCAGCAGACUCAUUAGCUCCAUUAAUGCAACAUGUUGGAAUGCAUGAUAUCAGAGAUAUCAAUGAAAACUCUCGAAGCGCACUUUUACGACCCGCCGAAAAUUCAUCUCGGCAGCAUGAUUCACGCGGAGGAUCACAAGAAGAUCUACUUUUAGUUACAACUCUUUGAGAACCAUCAUCUUCCAGAAGAUUCUUCUCACCACAAAAAAAACAACAAUCGUUCUCUUCCAAACUUUUUUUUUCAAAAUGAAAACCUUUCCCUCACAUUAUAUCGUACCGAUUACGAGUUAGAAAAAUUGAACUGAAUAGGUGCCCCUCAAGAAACAUAUAAAAUAAUCUCUUCGCCUCCUCUCCCGUUUUCAUCAAACCACCUCAUUCAAUUUGUACGAGUUUAGAAUUCAUCUUUUUCUUCUUUUUCCCUCAAUCAUCCCAACUCGAAUCUUCCCUGUAGAUGAUCCCCCAUCCCAUCUUGUCUGUGUACUGGUUUUUUUUGUUUACUGUAUAAUUCAUUUAAUCUUACCAAAACCUGCUCCCAUUUCAAAAAUGCUCAAUAUCUCUGUCUAGUUGGCUGAUGGAUAUUUGGCUCACAGAGUUCGCUUUCAUAACUCAACUUGCAUAUUGUCCAGAAGUCCUCUAGUUAUCAUUUUAUUCAUUUUUUUCACAAAAAACCAAAUCUGAUCAAAAGUGGCCUUUCUGCGAUUUCACUUAGAAUCGUUCAUUACUCUUAUUUGAAGUUUAAAUGUAUCUUUCUUUCCCCUUUUUCUUUCAAUUAAUAUAUAUCUCUAUUUUCCCAUAUUUCUAAGUCAAAAACUUCCUCUUCAUUUUCUCAUCCCUCCCAUCCUUUACGCAGUAUCUGCUUAUCCUUUUAAUAGUUCAUUUUUCUCAUUUAUUUUGAUUUUCAACAACAAUUCGUGGUGCUUUUCUUGUUUUAUCAGUUAUAAUGACAUAUGACAUUGUUUUAAUAAUAUUUGUAUUAAUAAAAAUUAUAAAUUCAAGAAUU